GAAACAGAAGUGUCAUUUGGGAGCACGUGAGUAAUCCCUCGCUCACGUGACCAAUAGUUUUAGUCAUGGCCGACGACUACAGGCGACAAGGUUUCGAGUUGGAGAGAAGGAUACUGGAGUUAGACAUCAAAUGUUCCAGUCUCAGAGCUGAAAAGCAAGAUGAUGACUAUUUACAGAAUGCCUCUGCCAUACUAGAAAAGUUGAAAACCUAUUACAGACAAGGAGGGGAGAGUAGCAACCUUUCCAAGUUGCUUCAGGAUUACACACAGGUGAUCCUAGACAUCACGUUUUAUGAAGAGAAUAAACUGGUGGACCAGGAGUUCCCCGAGGACUGUUCACCGUUUAAAAUCCAGCAGUUGCUGCAAGACCUGACCGAGCCAGAAGUUUUGGCAGGGAGGCUAGCACCAGCGCAAGAGGUGCAGUCUGUGUUGGGCCUGGAGCUGCUGGAAUGCCUCUAUUGGAGACGUGGAGCUCUGCUGUACAUGUACUGCCACACCCUCCAUCAACGAAAACAGUGGAUCAAGAAAAACAAGGAUACGUUCCUAAAGUGUAUUCAGGAAGGUGUGCGCUACCUGAUGCGGAUGCUGCAGGUGAGAAACUCUGUGAAGAUCAAUGAUGGGGUGGUGCUCCAUGACACUGCUACAGCCGGCUUCCUAUCUGAAGGCAUCUUCUCAGACACACACCUGCUGACAAUGAUGUACAUCGGGGAAAUGUGUUUCUGGGCCGUCAAGUAUGAAGACUGCAGUGCUGACACUAUGGAACGGAAAGAAGAUCGCCUGCAGUUUCGGGACAUUGGCACUCAGAUCCUCAACAAAUACGUGCUCGCCUGCGAGGGCCCUCUGCAGGGCCAGGGUUGGAACACGGAGAAUGCCAAGGAAAUCCUUAGUAUUUUACAGUGAACAGAGCUGCUCCUGUGUUGAAGUUGCCCUCAGGCACAGAUCUAAGUUCAGUAUUCAAAUGUGUGUCAACCCCAAAUAAAAAUUGAACCCAU